AUGUGUUCAAACUAUCUUGAUACUAGUUCUAUUCGCUCCAAGCUCUUUGAAAGUACAGUUUCCGCGAUUCUUUUCCAACCGCUGAUAACAUACGUCGUUAAGUUUCUAUCCUACAUGAUUAGCUACCCAAAAGUCUUCGAAGGUCGCGCUAGCGAUGCCCGGUGCUGGGUCGAGAAAUCCUUGGCCGACUUGAUGUAUUAUAGACAUCAGAGUGUUGGUUCUAAUCUUGACAACUCUAUCCAUGCCGUGUUCGAUUUCAAACGCUUUCAGAACGCGGACAAAAUUUUGUAUCAGAAGAUGAUCCCCGCAUUGCAGCUUGCUACUCUCUUUCUUACUGAAGACAGCGUAUUGGAUUGGUUCUAUCAUGAUACGGUAGGAAUCCUCAAAACAUACAACUCUUUUCCGGACGAUUCGUCACACUAUCCCUACCUAGCAGCAAAUCCCAAUUUCAAUCUUGAGAAUCCAGAGCAGCGAAAAGCCGCGCGUAAGCUAUGGUUGCGUAAGUUGGAAAAACUGUCUCACGUCCUGAAGUUCUACUUCUAUGAAGGGAACGAUCUCUUGCGUUUAUGGGGGGCUACGUACCACUUUAGUAAAGAUAUGGAGAAUGAUUUGCACAGUGCUGCUCUUUUGAGCUCAGAUGAUAUCUGGCGGGCUCGCGAUGGAUCUUUAAGGUCACGUCUAAUUCACUGGCCUUAUUCUGCUUCUGCAGUUAACAACCUCAAGACACAGCCUGCGGUUCUCAUUGGUAACGCGUAUCGUGUAUUCUUGGAACAAAAAGUGAGCAGCGAUAUAACCAGUGCUCCCUACCUUCAGCAACAGGAAUACAUGAAUUGCAGUUUGAGCUUGGCUCUCACGCUCGUUCAUGAAGUUGCUCAUGCGGUAAGCUCCUUUCCGUACAUGCGAUUCAUUGAACCUGUCUUUUUAUACCCUUGCGAAGUGUAUAGUUCUUUCGAUGAGAUGUGCUCCCAACGACCAAAGCCUCCUGAGGCAGGACAUUCAUGGGAACGGUCAGUCUUUGGCGAACUGCAUCCAGGAGUAAGUGCGCCUUUAGCUGAUGGGCGACCGGAAUCUGAUUGUUCUUUCUACUCUGGCUCUGACAUAUCUCCCUUCUCUACACUCUCUUGCAACAUUGUUGUCAAGAAUUCUGCCAUAUUUGGAGCGGAGCUUGCGAAGCUAAACACGUCACCCGCUGUAUACAUUUUUGGUCAAUCAGACAUCAUCAAGUUCUUUCGAAAGCAGCAUUGGGCUCAGCUUCGUUCAAAGAGAGACCUAAAUAAGCAGCUUGCCCCCGCCGUUCUCCUUCGGGUGUACAUGGUUAAAGAUAGUGUAGUGACGAAUGCCGUUGGUGCAAUUCCUCCGGACACGUGGGUCACAGUCCAUUUAAUACAGGCUUCGCAAAAGAUCGACAUCAAGAACAACUACGAUAGCAUGGAAUAGCCCAGUUUAUCAUUCGACAAAAUCAUAAUUGGAUAUUGAUCCUCGCAUAGCUAGCGAUUAAGUGAAGCACAUGCUACAUCUUGGUGUGACUGCACUCGGUUCGUACAAAGCAUUCGCAUUAGCAAACAUUAGCGUCUCUUUUACAUCUUAAUACUCUCAUAUAGAGGAGCACUUUUCUUUUCCAUUAGCUCUCUAUUUUUUAUGGCGCCUCAGUGACCCUAAUCUCAACUGCACGAGCAUGCAUUUGGCGAGCUACAUCUGCAAUCGAGAACUUUGUUCUCAAGUGUACUAUACAUAUUGACUGCCCUUCCAAAGGUUACAUGUGGAUAAUGAUCGCAUCAACAAAAGUAUGCUACAUUUUUACUGAGCAUCUUGAACAACUAAAUGUCCUGCUUGUUCCUAUUACGAAGAGACUUGCCCGAC